AUGGAUACAUCAGUUUCAAUAUUUGGACCCGAAGCCCUGCAAUUCUCAAAACCAUGGGUCAACACUUCUAUUCACCCAGACGACCUGGGCGUAAAUCAAUUUCCAAAUGAUACAUACCUUGUAAACGGGUCACUGCAGAACUGGACAGAGAUCGACACUGGUUUUGUUCCUAGCAUUGCUGGAAUUCUCAUUCCGCUUAUCUACAUAAUCGUCUGUGUGGUUGGUUUAGGUGGCAACACGCUAGUCAUCCAUAUUGUCUUGCACUAUUCUCAAACCCAGUCUGUUACAAACAUCUACAUUCUUAACCUGGCCAUCGCUGAUGAGCUCUUUAUGCUCGGACUUCCCUUCCUGGCUGUCCAGAACGCCCUUCUGUCCUGGCCGUUUGGCUCACUCAUGUGCAGAUUGGUAAUGACAGUGGACGCCAUCAACCAGUUCACAAGCAUCUUCUGUCUGACCGUGAUGAGCAUCGAUCGCUACCUGGCUGUGGUGCACCCCCUCCAGUCCUCCAGGUGGCGUCGACCACGAGUAGCCAAAGUAGUGAAUGCGACAGUAUGGGCGGUUUCUUUCGUAGUCGUUCUACCAGUGGUGGUAUUCGCUGACGUCUUACAAGACGACGGGAACUGUAGCAUUGUCUGGCCAGAGCCUGCUGAAGUCUGGAAAGCUGCGUUUAUCAUCUACACGGCGACCGUAGGUUUCUUCUGUCCGCUACUGGUGAUUUGCCUGUGCUACUUGCUCAUCGUGAUCAAAGUGCGCAGCUCUGGACGCAGAGUUCGAUCCACUUCUAUACGGCGUCGCAAAUCCGAAAGGAAGAUCACGAAAAUGGUGGUGAUCGUGGUAGCUGUGUUUGUCUUCUGUUGGCUACCGUUCUACAUCUUGAAUAUCGUCAACCUGCUAGUGCUGCUUCCAGGAGAGUUCCGGGGUUUGUACUACUUCGUAGUGGUCCUAUCGUAUGCUAACAGCUGCGCCAAUCCUAUUCUCUAUGGAUUCCUCUCUGAUAACUUCAAACGAGGUUUUAGGAAAGCUUUAUGCCGUUCAACCAGGCGGGUGGAAAAUCAAGAUCUGCAACAUGGCACCAUGGGUAACCACACGUUUCCGCUUGAGGAAAUAAGAAAGGACCUUGAUCUGACCCAGUGCUUUAAAGAAAACUCUAUGCAGAUACAGACGCAGCCAAACAAAGAGGAAGAUGUGGAGGAGCAGGAAGUGAGAAUGGGAUACAUGGAGAAUGCCACUCAGAUGGUUGAAAUAUCCAAGUCAGUGCAGAAUGGCUGCCACCUGGAGGGCACUAAGACCCUUGGUUCACAUGUGACUGAUCCCAAGGAGGCAGAAAACAGAAAUAGUGGAAAUGGAGACUGUGUUAAUGCUAAUUUUGGUCCUGUUGCUCUUAAUAGAACUCGGAGAAGGAACGUAAGACUGAUGUCUGAGGAAGCAGCAGAGACUGUUCUGGAAAUCAGUUAUUUGUGA